CGAGGCUCCACGUUGGCCUAUCCUCAGUCUAACAAAGUGUAGCCAUGGAGUGCAAAGGCGCGUGCAUGCUGAUGCUCGUGUUGAUGCUGGUCAACUGCUCACUCCAACAGACUCCGCCUAAGAAGAAGCCCGUAAGAAAAGACAAUAAUGCUGCCAUCGAGGAACUCCAGAGACGGAUUGACGACAUUGUGCAGGACCUCAACCAUCUCAAGGAAGAACAGGCCUUGCAGAGAGUGUGUUUGAAGGGCACAAAGAUGAACGGCAAGUGCGUCUUGGCUGACCCAGUGAAGAAGUCGUAUCACACAGCCAGCGAGGACUGCAACGCCCUGGGCGGCGUCCUGAGCGCCCCGACAUCCGCCGAGGAGAAUGACCUGCUAACAGACUACCUCCGCCACAGCGUGGGCAGGGAUGAGCAGGUGUGGCUGGGCAUCAACGACAUGGUAACCGAAAACACUUGGGCGGACCAGAGCGGCGUCAGCAUCCAGUUCAAGAACUGGGACACGUCCAACAGCCGCGCCCGUCAGCCAGAUGGCGGCCAGUCCCAGAACUGUGCGGUGUUGUCGGGGGCCGCCAAAGGGAAGUGGUUCGAUGAGAACUGCCGUGACGAGAAAGCCUCGGUCUGCCAGUUCAACAUUGUGUGAUCGCGUCUUUGCCGUAUAAUCCCAAAUUGCUGCUUUGUGUUUACUUCUGCUGCAAUGCCACUUUACCUUCUUUUUAAAAAGAGGCUUUAAAAAAAAUAAUUAAGAUGUCCGGUUCUGUAAUUGGACUCAUUCUGAUGUUUGCAGUCACUUGCAGAAAACCAGAAAUAUUAUAAGUGAAUUGUGUCUUCACAAAAUAUAAUUAAAGCUACACGUGGUGUAAUUUGAAAAAUAUCACGAGCAAUAUACUCCUUAGCCACAACAUUAUGUAACAAAUAUCACCGUAUUCAUUCAUUGUUUGUUUAUCGUUGUGGUUGGCACUUUGGGUGUCGUUUAAGGUGUGCCGCUGUACUCGAACAACAUUAAAAUUGGGUCUGACGAGACAAGCUGAAGAGUCACAACAACAACAACAA